UUUUUGAAGCCGGGGUUUCAGAAAUCCUUAUUGAAACCAGAUGCAAUUGCCAAGGAAUGUAGCCAUCUUGGAGGGUAAGUCCUUGUAGAUACUAAGGAGGAAAUGCAAAGCUCUAUGUUGUCAAACUUUAAGUUGAUUUAAUGGAAUGUUAACUUAUGGCUAGAUCUAGAAUUGAUUCCUACUAUAUUGCAUUUUUGAAUACUAAUAUUCAUCCUCUCGACCAUCCUUUAUCUUGGGAACUUUUGAUGAGAACUAACCGGCAACCUUGAUAACCUUUCCAAAAGCAGAACAGAAGACUAUAAUUGAUACUUUUGUCAAUGAGUAUCGGAUAAACAAGAUGCUUAGGGUUUGGAAUACUAUCUGUACAAACUUAUCUCUAAAGAAAACCCAAAAUUUUGCUAAAGAGCAUAACCUUUGAAUUGAAAUCUUACUGGAAAGUGCGUCUUUUUAAUGAAGGAUAUUACAGAGUCAAGGGAAAUCUUGAAUUCUAUGUAAAAAGAGGAAGAAAAUUUACUGAAAUCUUAUAUCUUCUUUGAAUGCAGACUCCAAAGCCAGACAUGUAACUUAGGAGAGAAUUUGCAGAGGAAAUUUAUAUUGAGAGGCAAAAUCAAAUAUUUUCAUAAAAUCUUUCAUCAAACUUCAACUGGGAUGUUUCAGAUGAGACUGACAAAGAGAUUGCUGAUUUUAUUCCAACAUUAGGAAGGGCGAGAUAUUUCUAGCAAUCUAUCAUUCUUGCCAGAUUCAAUUUUAAUUCCUUAUGUAUGAUAUUUUCCUAAGUUAAAUUACCACACUAAAUAUGAUGAGAUAUGUUAAGCCCAUCCAAAGAUCCAAAAGAAGAGAAAACUUUAACCAUCUCUAACACCAGAAACGAGAGAGAUUGGGCUGUCUUCUUCAUUUCUUAUGCCCACUAUAACAGAUUAAGAUUACUGUUCAGUGAGUAA